CUCCCGUGAGGAGAUGGGUUCCCUGGACAGUCGCACUGAUUGAAAUGUAUUAUUUACGGGAAGACAUAGGCCUAAUUUUUUGAGGAUUCUUCUGGAAAAACACAGUCAAAAUGCUCCCCAACAGCUCUUUCAGGAAUCUAACCCUGGAGGACGGUUUUUUCCUAAUGAACAACUCGUCUGGGAACGAAACGUACAGCGAGUCUCAAGGCAGCGCAAUCCUCAUCUCCUUCAUUUACUCGGUUGUCUGUUUGGUCGGACUGUGCGGGAACUCUAUGGUUAUCUAUGUCAUUUUCAGAUAUGCCAAAAUGAAAACUGCAACAAAUAUCUACAUUCUGAAUCUGGCCAUAGCGGACGAGUUACUUAUGCUGAGUGUCCCUUUCUUGGUGACAUCUUCACUCCUUCACCACUGGCCUUUCGGCUCCCUUCUCUGCCGCCUUGUUCUAAGUGUUGAUGCUAUUAAUAUGUUUACCAGUAUUUACUGCUUAACUGUACUUAGCAUAGACCGAUAUAUCGCGGUUGUGCACCCCAUCAAAGCCUCCCGGUACAGGAGACCCACAAUAGCUAAAAUAGUCAACUUUGGGGUUUGGAUGUUUUCUAUCCUGGUCAUUUUGCCCAUUAUUAUAUUUUCCACGACCGUUCCAAACUUGGACGGUUCGGUCGCUUGCAACAUUCAGAUGCCAAAGCCAGUGAACCAGUGGAUGGCUGUGUUUGUGAUCUAUGCCUUUCUCAUGGGCUUUCUGUUCCCAGUCAUUGCUAUCUGUAUGUGUUACAUCCUCAUCAUCGCCAAGAUGAGAGUGGUGGCACUGAAGGCAGGUUGGCAGCAGCGUAAGAAGUCGGAGAGAAAGAUCACUCUGAUGGUGAUGAUGGUGGUGACCGUGUUUGUCGUCUGUUGGAUGCCCUUUCACAUUGUACAGCUCGUCAAUGUUUUUGUGGAGCACCAUAACGCAACACUCAUGCAACUCGCAGUGAUUCUGGGAUACGCAAAUAGCUGCGCCAACCCUAUACUGUACGGAUUUUUAUCAGACAAUUUCAAACGUUCGUUCCAAAGAAUUUUGUGCCUGCGCUGGAUGGACAAUGCAACGGAAGAACCAAUAGAUUACUAUGCCACGGCUCUGAAAAGUCGUGGUUACAGUGUGGAUGAAUUUCAACCGGACAAUAUGGAAUGUGAUAGCACGUAUAGAAAUGGAACCUGUACUUCUAGGACAACGACACUGUAGCAGCAUAUGGACAUGAUGAAAUUAACAAAAAUCAUAAACGUGACCACUGAGUGUUUCGCUCAUUACUAGGCGGUUACUUCGAUAUGUAUUAAUGUUGUUUACUUGCAACUAUUUGAACGCAAUUAAAAUGUUAAA